GCAAGCGUCGUCAGGCAGGCCGGGUCAAUAUCAAUUGGGCAGGUAGGUACAGGGGGAGCAAGCAGAGAAUGGUCAGGAUCACAAGCCAGGGAUCAGAACAGGGAUGGUCAGGAGCGAGCCGGGAUCAGAGCAGGAGAAGUCAGCAGCGGUUCAGAAACAGGAUGCAGGACAGAAACAGGAUACAGGGCCCAGGACAAACACAACACCCAAGGCAGAGUCUGUGGGUCUGGCCAUCCCUUAAAUACCCCAGCAUCAUCAGUUCCAGGUGUUAGCUGGCUGAAAGAUUGAGUCUCUGAUUGCUGGGAGCACCCGCUGGCCAGCCCUGGUACUGCAGAUCAAAAGGCAGGUGAGUCCCACCAUUGCUGGCCAGUCCAUUCCUGACAGU